ACCCUUAAUCAAUCAAUCAAUCAAUCAAUCAAUCAAUCAAUCAUCCCAUCAAUCAUCCAACUACUCCAUUGAUUCCUUUAUUAACCCUCCCUAUUUAUUAUUUUAUCCUAACUAAUUAAUCCUAUCUUUUUUUUACAACCCAAUUUAUCAAAAAUGGCAACCACUACUACUACUUCAUCCCAUCGUCCAUUUUCUUUAAAUCAUGGUACUAUUGAACAUACUUUCUUAGUUCCAAAUGAAUUAUUCUUUAAUUAUUCCCAAUUAAAAGAUCAAUUCAUUAAAACUUUACCAACUCCAACUGAAGGUUUUGCUGGUGAUGAUGAACCUUCAAGUCCAGCUGAAUUAUAUGCUACUUUCCUUGGUUAUAUUGCUUCUUUAGUUAAUCCUUCAAAACCAGGUCAAUUUGAUCAAAUUUUAAAAUUAUCUUUACAAGAUUUUAAUUCUCGUUUUUUAAAAUCAAAUAAUGAUAAUAUUCAUUCAUUUGCAGUUCAAUUAUUAAAUGAUGAAAAUAAUCAAACUACUCCAACUAAAAUUAAAGAUAAUAUUAUUAAAAAUUAUUAUAAUGCUUUAAUUAAUGCUAAUACUUCCAUUGAUAAAAUUGAAUCUAAUUUAUUAUAUCAUUCUCAAACUGGGGAUGCUAAAUUAGUUGCAAUUUUUGGUGGUCAAGGUAAUACUGAUGAUUAUUUUGAAGAAUUAAGAGAUCUUUAUAAAUUAUAUAAAGGUUUAAUUCAUGAUGAUUUAAUUUUACCAAUUUCUCAAAAAUUAAAUCAAUUAGUUAAAAAAGAUGCUUCAUUUUCAAAAUUAUAUACUCAAGGUUUUGAUAUUUUAAAAUGGUUAUCAAAUCGUGAUUUAACUCCUGAUCAAGAUUAUCUUUUAUCAGUUCCUGUUAGUUGUCCAGUUAUUUGUAUUAUUCAAUUAUGUCAUUAUGCUAUUACUUGUAAAGUUUUAGGUUUAACUCCAGGUGAAUUUAGAAAUUAUUUAUCUAAUGGUGGUACUACUGGUCAUUCUCAAGGUUUAGUUACUGCUGUUGCCAUUGCUUCUGCUGAUUCUUGGGAUUCAUUUUUAGAAAAUUCUUUAAAAGCUAUUUCCCUUUUAUUUUUUAUUGGUUCAAGAUGUUUAAUUACUUAUCCAAGAACAACUUUACCUCCAACCAUGUUACAAGAUUCUUUAAAUAAUGGUGAAGGUAGACCAUCUCCAAUGUUAUCAAUUAGAGAUUUAUCCAUUGAACAAGUUGAAAAAUUUAUUAAUCAAACUAAUAAACAUUUACCUCAAGAAAAACAUAUUGCAAUUAGUUUAAUUAAUGGAGCUAGAAAUUUAGUAGUUAGUGGACCACCAGAAUCACUUUAUGGUUUAAAUUUAACUUUAAGAAAUAAAAAAGCUCCAAAUGGUUUAGAUCAAUCAAGAAUUCCAUUUAGUGAAAGAAAAUUAAAAUUUUCAAAUCGUUUCUUACCAAUUUUUUCUCCUUUCCAUUCUCAUCUUUUAGAUAAUGCUUCAUCAUUAAUUUUUAAUGAUAUUAAAUUAGAAAAUCUUUCAUUUCCAAAAGAAAAUAUUAAAAUUCCUGUAUUUGAUACUUUUAAUGGAGAAAAUUUCCAAACUUUUGAUGAUUCAAAUCAAUCUAUUAUUGAAAGAGUUGUUUUAUGUAUUACUCAAUUAAGAGUUAAUUGGGAAUUAGCAACUCAAUUUAAUUCAACUCAUAUUAUUGAUUUUGGUCCAGGUGGGGUUUCUGGUUUAGGUAUCUUAACUCAUAGAAAUAAAGAAGGUACUGGUGCAAGAAUCAUUAUUGCUGGUGCUUUAGAUUCAAAUCCAAUUGAUGAUGAAUAUGGUUUUAAACAUGAAUUAUUUAAUACUUCUUCAUCAAAAUCAAUUAAAUGGGCUCCAAAUUGGUUAAAUGAAUUUAAACCAACUUUAAUUAAAACUAAAGGGGAUAAUAAAAUUUAUGUUAAUACUAAAUUUUCUCAAUUAUUAGGUAGAGCUCCUUUAAUGGUUCCAGGUAUGACUCCAACUACAGUUAAUCCUGAAAUUGUUGCUGCUACUAUUAAUGCUGGUUAUCAUAUUGAAUUAGCUGGAGGUGGUUAUUUCCAUGCUGGUGGUAUGGAAGCUGCUAUUCAACAAGUUAUUGAUAAUAUUAAACCUGGUUCAAGUCUUGGUAUUAAUUUAAUUUAUGUUAAUCCAAGAAUGUUACAAUGGGGUAUUCCAUUAAUUAAAGAAUUAAGAGAACGUGGUUUCCCAAUUCAAUCUUUAACUAUUGGUGCUGGUGUUCCAUCUAUUGAAGUUGCUGCUGAAUAUAUUGAAGAAUUAGGUUUAACUCAUUUAGGUUUAAAACCAGGUUCAAUUGAUGCUAUUAGUCAAUGUAUUACUAUUGCCAAAGCUCAUCCAAACUUCCCUAUUGUUUUACAAUGGACUGGUGGUAGAGGUGGUGGUCAUCAUUCUUUUGAAGAUUUCCAUCAACCAAUUUUACAAAUGUAUUCCAAGAUUAGAAGAUGUUCUAAUAUUGUUUUAGUUGCUGGUUCUGGUUUUGGAUCUGAUGAAGAUACUUAUCCAUAUUUAACUGGUUCUUGGUCAAACAAAUUUAAUUAUCCACCAAUGCCAUUUGAUGGUAUUUUAUUUGGUUCAAGAGUUAUGACUGCUAAAGAAGCUCAAACUUCAUUAGAUGCUAAAACUUUAAUUUCUAAAUGUUCCGGUGUUUCUGAUGAAAAAUGGGAACAAACUUAUAAAAAACCAACUGGUGGUAUUAUUACUGUUAGAUCUGAAAUGGGUGAACCAAUUCAUAAAAUUGCUACUAGAGGGGUUUUAUUAUGGAAAGAAUUAGAUGAUACUAUUUUUAAUUUACCAAAAAAUAAAUUAAUUGAAGCUUUAAAUAAAAAGAAAGAUUAUAUUAUUGAAAAAUUAAAUAAAGAUUUCCAAAAACCAUGGUUUGGUAAAAAUAGUUCUGGUGUUUGUGAUUUACAAGAUAUGACUUAUCAAGAAGUUGCUAAUAGAUUAAUUGAAUUAAUGUAUGUUAAAAAAUCUUCAAGAUGGAUUGAUGUUUCAUUAAGAAAUUUCUUUGGUGAUUAUUUAAGAAGAGUUGAAGAAAGAUUUACUACUAAAUCAGGUACUAUUUCUCAAAUUCAAAACUUUUCUCAAUUAGCUUCUAAACCUCAAGAAUUUACUGAUAAAUUCUUUGAACAAUUCCCAUUAGCUCAAGAUCAAUUAAUUUCUCAAGAAGAUUGUGAUUAUUUCUUAAUGUGUGCUUCAAGACCAACUCAAAAACCACCUCCAUUUGUUCCAGUUUUAGAUGAUAGAUUUGAAUUCUUCUUUAAAAAAGAUUCCUUAUGGCAAUCUGAAGAUUUAGAAACUGUUGUUGGUGAAGAUGUGCAAAGAACUUGUAUUUUACAUGGUCCUGUUGCUGCUCAAUUCACUAAUGCUGUUAAUGAACCAAUUGGUGAAAUUUUAAAUUCUAUUCAUGAAGGUCAUAUUGCUAAAUUAAUUAAAGAUGAAUAUAAUGAUGAUAAAUCUAAAAUUCCAACCAUUGAAUAUUUCGGUGGUAAAGCUCCAGUUAAAGUUGAAUCAUUAUCAGGAGUUAAGAUUACUAAUUCUACUGAAAAAUCAAUUUAUGAAAUUAAAGGUUCUUCAUUACCAGAAAAAGAUGCUUGGUUACAAUUAUUAGCUGGUGAAAAAUUAACUUGGUUACAAGCUUUUAUUUCAAGUGAUAGAAUUGUUCAAGGUUCAAACCAUGCUUCAAACUCUGUUCGUGAUAUUUUAACUCCUGCUAUUAAUACUAUUGUUGAAAUUUCUAAUCCAACUGAUGCUGCUAAAACUAAAUUAGUUGUGUUUGAACAAGUUAAAGGUGAUUUAAAACCUGUUGUUGAAAUUGAAUUAGUUAAAGCUGAUACUAUUCAAUUAUCUUUAAUUGAACAUAGAACUGCUGAUUCUAAUCCAGUUAAAUUACCAUUCUUAUAUACUUAUAACCCAGCUGAUGGAUUUGCUCCAAUUUUAGAAGUUAUGAAAGGUAGAAAUGAUAGAAUUAAAGAAUUUUAUUGGAAAUUAUGGUUUGGUUCAUCAAUUCCAUAUGAUUUAAACAUUAAUGUUCAAGAAUCUAUUGUUGGUGAAGAAAUCACUAUUACUGGUGAUGAUAUUUCUGAAUUUACUCAUGCUAUUGGUAAUAAAUGUGAAGCUUUUGUUUCAAGACCAGGUAAAGCUACUUUAGCUCCAAUGGAUUUUGCUAUUGUUAUUGGAUGGAGAGCUAUUAUUAAAUCUAUCUUCCCAGAAACUGUUGAUGGUGAUUUAUUAAAAUUAGUUCAUUUAUCUAAUGGUUAUAGAAUGAUUCCAGGUGCUGCUCCAUUAAAGAAAGAUGAUGUGGUUUAUUCUAAAGCUGAUAUUAAAGCUGUUUUAAACCAACCAUCAGGAAAAAUGGUUGAAGUUGUUGGUACUAUUUACAGAGAUUCUAAACCAGUUAUGGAAGUUACUUCUCAAUUCUUAUACAGAGGUGAUUAUGAAGAUUAUGAAAAUACUUUCCAAAAAGUUACUGAAACUCCAGUUCAAAUUUCUUUUAAAUCUGCUAAAGAUUUAGCUAUUUUAAGAUCUAAAGAAUGGUUCCAUUUAGAACAAGAUAUUGAAUUAUUAAACCAAGUUUUAACUUUCAGAUGUGAAUCUACUUAUAAAUUCAAAUCUGCUGAAGUUUAUUCUUCCAUUAAUACUACUGGUCAAGUUUUCUUAGAAUUACCAACUAAAGAAGUUAUUCAAGUUGGUACUGUUGAAUAUGAAGCUGGUAAAUCUUAUGGUAAUCCAGUUACUGAUUAUUUAACUAGAAAUGGUAAAACUAUUGAAGAAGCUGUUAAAUUUGAAAAUGUUAUUCCAAUUUCUUCUGGUGAAGAAUUAACUUCAAAAGCUCCAGGUACUAAUGAACCUUAUGCUAAAGUUUCAGGUGAUUAUAAUCCAAUCCAUGUUUCAAGAGUUUUUGCUUCUUAUGCUAAAUUACCAGGUACUAUUACUCAUGGUAUGUAUUCAUCUGCUUCAAUUAGAUCAUUAGUUGAAGAAUGGGCUGCUAAUAAUGUUGCUUCCAGAGUUAGAGCUUUCAAAUGUAGUUUUGUUGGUAUGGUUUUACCAAAUGAUACUUUACAAACUACUUUAGAACAUAUUGGUAUGAUUAAUGGUCGUAAGAUUAUUAAGGUUGAAACUAAGAAUGUUGAAACUGAUACUCCUGUCUUAAUUGGUGAAGCUGAAAUUGAUCAACCAAUCACUACUUAUGUUUUUACUGGUCAAGGUUCUCAAGAACAAGGUAUGGGUAUGGACUUGUAUAAGACUUCUGAAGUUGCUCGUGAUGUUUGGGAUAAAGCUGAUCGUCAUUUUGUUGAAAAUUAUGGUUUCUCUAUCUUAGAUAUUGUUCAAAACAAUCCAAAUGAAUUAACUAUUCAUUUCGGUGGUGCUAAAGGUAGAUUAAUCAGAGAUAACUAUAUUGGUAUGAUGUUCGAAACUAUUGGUGAAGAUGGUUCUAUUAAAUCAGAAAAGAUUUUCAAAGAAAUUGAUGAAUCAACUACUUCUUUCACUUUUGUUUCUCCAACUGGUUUAUUAUCAGCAACUCAAUUCACUCAACCAGCUUUAACUUUAAUGGAAAAGGCUGCCUAUGAAGAUAUUAAAUCUAAGGGUUUAAUUCCAUCUGAUAUCAUGUUUGCUGGUCAUUCAUUAGGUGAGUAUUCUGCAUUAUCAUCUUUAGCUAAUGUUAUGCCAAUUGAAUCAUUAGUUGAUGUUGUUUUCUACAGAGGUAUGACUAUGCAAGUUGCCGUUCCAAGAGAUGCCUUAGGUAGAUCUAAUUAUGGUAUGUGUGCUGUUAAUCCAAGUAGAGUUAGUCCAACUUUUAACGAUGCUGCUUUAAGAUUUGUGGUUGAUGAAGUUUCUAUCAAGACUGAAUGGUUAUUAGAAAUUGUUAAUUACAAUGUUGAAAAUCAACAAUAUGUUGCUGCUGGUGAUUUAAGAGCAUUAGAUACUUUAACUAAUGUUUUAAAUGUCAUUAAAUUAAACAAAAUUGAUAUUGUUAAAUUGCAACAAACUUUAACCAUUGAAGAAGUUAAAGAACAUUUAUAUGAAAUCAUCACUGAAGUUGCAGCUCAAUCUGUUGCUAAAGAACAACCAAUUGACUUACAAAGAGGUUUUGCCGUUAUUCCAUUAAAGGGUAUUUCUGUUCCUUUCCAUUCAUCAUACUUAAUGUCUGGUGUUAAACCAUUUAAGAGAUUCUUAUGUAAGAAGAUUCCAAAAUCAUCAGUUAAACCAGAUGAUUUAAUUGGUAAAUAUAUUCCAAACUUGACAGCUAAACCAUUUGAAAUUACCAAAGAAUAUUUUGAAGAAGUCUACGAACUUACCAAAUCUGAAAAGAUUAAAGAAAUUCUUGAAAAUUGGGAACAUUAUGAAUCUGCUUAAGAAAACAAAAAUUUAAAAUUAAUGGCAUGAAUUUUUUUUAGUUUUUAUUUUUACUUUAGGUAGUUUGUUGGGACUUAUUAUUAUUAUUAUUAUUAUUAUUAUUAUCCUUUUUGUUUGUUUCAUUUUUAAUUUUUUAUUUUCCAUCAUUUUUUUUAUAUCAUAUUUGAAUUAUUUUGAUUGUUUUAGUUGCUAUUAAAGAUAGGAUUCUCAGGUACGUGGUACUAUCUGAUUACUUUUAUAACUUUAGUGGUGUAACAAUUGUCAUAUUCGAAUAUAUUGUUUAUAGUUUUUACAUAUCAAGAGCGUUUUUAAUAUAAUUAAUAUAGAUUUAUUUAAGAAAUUCAUAAA